GUAACACAUAAUCGCACGUAAGUUCUCUCACGGCGCAACCAUUCUAAAUCUAACUUCUUAUGAGGAAACAUCUCAACUUCAUCAUCAACCAUGUAUACAACUACCAACCGCAACAUCUUCAUCCGCCCACGCAAAUCCCUCCUCCCACCAACCUUCCUCAAAUCCCUCUGGCUCUCAACCUUCCUGCCCCUCAACGUCCUCAUCCUCUGCAUCCCCGUCCUGGCUUUCCUCCUCGCGUCUUCCAGCGAUCCAUUCAACAUCAGCAAACACUGCACAACUCGCACGCACUCCCUCUCCAACAAAAACUCCUGCGAAAACACCGCCGAGUUCGUCACCAAUUUCUUCAGCGCUCUUGUUGUGUUAUGCUUGAUUAUCAUCGCGCUGGGUGUCUCGGUGUUAUUGACAGCGGUGUUUGAGAAAGUUUGGGGCCAUUGUGGGUGGAAGGGAAAUAGAGUGGGUAGGACAUUGAGGAGAAUUUGGGGGUUUGGAGAUGGAGUGGAAGUUGGGAGGGAGAGGAGGGUGCUGAAUGUUUUGGGGUCAAGAGUCUAUCUUCCGGACGUGGUGAGAGAUGACGAUCGGGUUUGUGGGAGAUGUAGUGAAGGAGGCGUUGCAUCCUGGGGCAUUAUUGGGAUUGACGCUUUGAAAAGUUCGGUGCAUACUCCAGAGCUUUCUUGGACAUUCGAGGAGGUAAUUAUCGCUUGGUAUUGA